AUGUUAAAAUUUAUUAAACGAAGGCUCGAUGAGAAAGACGAUUGGUCAUCAGCGGCAUCUAGCGCAACUUCGAGUACCACAUGUGAGGAACUAGCGUUUCUGAUGGAGGAGGAGGACGAGAGAGGCCCCGAAGAGGGCCACCUCUUGGUCAGGAUCUUCGUGCCCGAGUUGAACGUCCAAAAAUGCCUCCAAUUUCCCAGGGACCAACUCGUUUGGGACGUCAAGCAACAAUGUUUGGCCGCCCUGCCAAAGGAACUAAAAGAGAGCUUUAACUAUGGCUUGUUCUGUCCCCCGGAUAACGGCCGGGCCGGAAAAUUCCUGGACGAGGAACGAAGAUUAGGAGACUAUCCUUUCAACGGCCCCGUGGGAUAUUUAGAGUUGAAAUACAAACGGAGGGUGUACAAGAUGAUGUCUCUCGAUGAAAAGCAGAUAAAAAGCCUUCACACCCGGGCGAAUCUCAAGCGAUUUUUGGACUACGUUCAGAACGGUCAAGUGGAAAAAAUUACGAAAAUUUGUUCUAAAGGCCUAGAUCCCAAUUUUCACUGUCAAGAAACGGGCGAAACCCCUCUAACCAUCGCCACGGGCAUCAAAAAACCCGCCAAAACGUUAAUGGCCCUAGUCAACGGCGGCGCGCUGCUCGAUUUCCGAAAAAAAGACGGCUCCACCGCCCUCCAUCGAGCCGUCGACCAUCGAAGCCUCGAAGCCUUGAAAACCCUCCUCGAACUCGGCGCCUCGCCCAACUACAAAGACAACAAAGGCCUCACGCCCGUCUACUACACCGUCUCCCCACACGUCGACCCCUCUUUCGCCGAGACCCUCCUGCACGACCACGCCACCACCGGCGCCCAGGACGCCCAGGGAUGGCAGGAGGUCCACCAGGCCUGCAGGGCCGGUCUGCUCGCCCACCUGGAGCACCUGCUCUUCUACGGGGCCGACAUGAACGCCAGGAACGCUUCGGGGAACACCCCGUUGCACGUUUGCGCCGUCAACGGGCAGGAAUCCUGCGCCAGGCAGUUGCUCUUCAGAGGGGCCGAUCGACAGGCCUUGAACUACGCCAAUCAAACGCCCUGCCAGGUGGCUGUUAUCGCUCACAAUAUGGAUUUGGCCGAGAUGAUACAGAAUUAUCGGCAAGAGGAUGUCGUCCCUUUUCGCGGCCCGCCUAGCUAUAACCCGAAGCGCAGAUCGGCCUUGGGAUGGCUCAACAGGGCGCCGUCCAUGAGCACCCUUGCCCUACCUCCAAGUCCUUGUCCCAGUGACAGAUCCUCAGCACCUUUCAGCUCGGCCAGUUCGAGCCUGUCCGAGGGGAGCGCCCUGCCCGGCCACGAGACGGACACCGCCAGCAUCGUUACUGUGUUCGCACUGGGCGUUACAGACAAGAGCCUCGGCGACGCCAGCGACAUCAUCAGCGACAGCUCGGGCGUCGGGACGGCCAAUUCGGACACCACCAAUUGCACCGUUUGGAUGCCGGGCAGCACCGUCGUCUGCAUCGAAUCCCACUCGACCAAAGAGGACGGCCACAUCAGCAUCAGAGAGGGCGACAUACUCGAAGUCGUAGCCGCCACCGACGACGGGUACCUGGAGGGCAAACCGAAGACCGGCGGCGGUCGCACCGGCUACUUUCCCGCCGCCUGCGUCCAAGAGGUCCGCCUGCGGGCGCACAACAUCCAAGCACCGAUGAUGGUGGCCAAAGAUCGACCGCCCAGCCAAAGCGCCAACCGCGUGCUCGGCCGAAGGGAGAGCAACACCUCCAAGCACUUCGCCACCGCUCCGAGGACCACCAAACGAACGUACUCCAACCUGCCGGCGGAGCCGCGAACCGUCGUCCUGCACAAGGGCAAAAAGGGCUUCGGGUUCAUCCUGCGCGGCGCCAAGGCGACGUCGCCGCUGAUGGACCUGACGCCGUCGGACAAGUGCCCGGCGCUGCAGUACCUCGACGACGUCGAUCCGGGCGGCGUGGCCGACAUGUCGGGCCUGCGGAAGGGCGACUUCCUGCUGGAGAUCAACGACGAGGACGUGUCGUCGGCGUCGCACGAGCACGUCGUGGAUGUGAUCAGGAAAUCCGGCGAUCUGGUGAAGAUGACGGUGAUGUCGUUGGGUCCUCCUGUGUGCGGGGUGAUACCGAUGAGCAAAUCGACGAUACUACAAGGUGGAACCAGCGCUAUUCCGUUGAGCAGGCAAUUCGCGACUCUGCCGAGGAAAACGAUGAGUUACGGCGGUGCUGGAAGGCCGAUGCAAGCUCCAUUACCGCCUAGAAGGGAUCCGAAGACCACGCUCAGCGUCGGCAGAGCCAGAGCGAAGAGCAUGGUCGCUGGUUUAGGAGGAGAAAAAGACGAGACUGACGACAUGACGAAAUCGAGCUCGGCCGAGUCGAUACACCAGACGACGCCGGGCGGUACGCGCGUCUCGACGCCGGUGCAACCGCGGACGGCGUCCAUAAGGCAGCGACCGUCAUCGGCCAGUCUGAAGCACACCGUGCUGGAGGAGCUGUUCCAGAAGCAAAGGGAAAGCGACGCGCAGAACUCGCUGAUGAGCAGCUCUCGGUUCCAGAGCUCCAACGCCUCCGGCUCGCCGAGCAAGGGGAGAGUCUACGCGAGCGUGGCCGAAAUGAAGCGAAGCAAAACCAAAAGUCCAAAAACGAAAUUCGCCGAGCUCUUCUCCGGCGGUAGGGAAUUGAAACGGACGUUCCACAGCACGCCGGAUCUGGUCCAGGAGAUGGCCUACGGGUCGCAAACGCUGCCGAGCAAAUUCCACCGCAGCCAAGAGGAUAUAUCCUCGCUGUUGGGCGGAAGGAGUUUACCGCCCCCCACGCACCCGCCGCCUCCCAUACCGCCUCACAUCCAGCUGGUGAAGGUCGACGUGUCCAGGAACCAGCGGUCCGAGUACGACGCUUUAAAUAGAGAUAGUACCGAUGAAGGUGUUGUAUCAUCAUUCAAUCCUACAGCGAAUGCGAAACUGUACGCUUCGCCCGAAGACAUGCGAUCUGUGGGUUACAGAUCGAAGAGCGCCCCAUCGCAUAAAGGUCAAUUGAAGAAAUCGCAAAGCCUAAGAAGCAACAACAGCCUCAAAACCACCACCAACAGUGUUUCGAACGAACAACAAACCAAUCCUUACGCGCAGCCCAUUCGUGCAUCGAGAUCCAACUCCACAGGAUCGAGAGAACGAAGGAAAAAGUCAGCUUCGAACAAACCCAUCGGUAAAACAGCCCAGCCCGGCGGUCCUCCCAUCCCCGAGCCGGAUUACAGUUGCACCGAUUCCGACGGAGAAACCGACGAAGUCCAGCGGAAGACGAGCGAAACUCUGGCAGGUCGAUUGAACAACGUCCAAUUGCAAGCGGCCGAAAACAGCGGAAACAGCAACGCAAGCGGCAGCUCGUCGGCCAGCAGCGGUUCCCUGCCGCGCAGCUUCAGCGUCGACGAGAUCCAGAAGGGCCGGUCGCUGCUCAAAUCGUCCAAGUCCUAUCCGGACGAGUUGCUGAAGCGGCGCGCCGCCAAGGAGGCGGAGGCGGCGCUCGAGGACGGCGACAACAGCUCGUCGGGCGUCAGCUCCGACCAGGAGAUCACCGGCGGCAACCCCGACGCCCCAGAGCCCGCCUCCGUCAAGCCCCAUCGGCCGCCGAUCGGCGGUUUGAAGCGACACGCGGUGUCUUUGGCGCAGCUGCCGCCGCCCAUCGAGAGCGAGGACGAGUUCUGUCUGCCGCCGCCGCCGGAGUUCGUCGAGGCGAACGCGAAUUUCAGCGAGGUGGUGGUGGCGCCGCCGCCGCAGUUCAGCGACGGGCGCCAGGUGGCGCGCGUGCGCAUCGUGGGGGCGGUGCCCAAGGGCUCGCUGGCGAAGCUGAAGCAGAACCGGCUGCACAGCCAAUAG